GUAAUUUAAAGUAUUAAUUCUCAUGCCUCUUUCACGAAUACAAGUACAUUAUGUUGAAUUUAUGAAACACCCCUUGACAUACUAGUGAACCCGUCCGCAGUGUGAAACAUGGCGACCGGUGCGACUGAGUCUGCAGGAGCUGACAUAGAAGAAGACGCGGCACAGUUACAGUUUCCUAAGGAGUUUGAGAAUGCGGAGACCCUCCUGAACUCGGAAGUGAACAUGUUGCUGGAGCACAGGAAGCAGCAGAACGAGAGUGCAGAGGAGGAGCAGGAGUUAUCAGAGGUCUUCAUGAAAACUCUGGGCUACACGUCUCGCUUCAGCAGGUUCAAGAACAGGGAAACUAUAGCAGCUGUCAGAAGUUUACUGAUGCAGAAGAAACUCCACAAGUUUGAGUUGGCAGCCCUGGCCAACCUCUGUCCAGAGUCAGCCGAGGAGGCAAAAUCACUCAUUCCAAGUCUUGAAGGCAGAUUUGAAGAUGAAGAGCUACAACAAAUCUUAGAUGACAUCCAGACCAAAAGGAGCUUCCAGUACUAGGGGGGACAGACAAACCUUUGUUAAUCUGUAUUGUGUUAACAAAUGUAAGAUAUGUCUUAACAAGUGUUUUUCUGUAUUAUUGGCCAAUUAAAUUCUAGUUAAGGUAGAUGUUGACAAUGUAACUGACGACUGAUCCUGUAUAUCCACCAAAAUUAGCAGUUUGUACCAAUGUGAAUUUUUACAUUCCUGUCUUUGAUUUUUGUCUCAAUUUUAUGUCUUAUUGAGUAAGUGCAGGUGGCAUAGAGGAUAGAAGAACUUUUCCAUGGUACAUGUAAGUCUCUGAUUUUCAAACAUGUCUACAAAUGAGUCAAACACAUGUACCUAUAUUGAAGAAGUUAAAAAAAAAUCUGUUUCUCAGUGCAUUUAUCUUGGUUUCCACAUAUUCUUGGUACCUUUACAAUGUGUAGCUCUUUUAUUUUUUCCACCUUUGCAAUAGAUGCCUUGAAUCAUUCAUUAAGUUUCCAUAACCAGUGUAUUUGUGCUUGUGGGGAAAAAAGUCAAAGAGUUUGUCAUGUCAAAUUUCUUUUAUUAGCAAGUGAGAAAUUAGUAAGUCCUUUGUAUUGCUUUGUUUUAUAAUACAUGAUGGUAACAAUA